GCGGCGCGGCGUGCUUCGCCGGGGGCAGCAGGAGUGCGGCUUCUCCGCCUCACUAGCGUCCGGGGAGCCGCCGCCCUUGCCUUGGCGCUGGCGGUGAGGUCGGGGGAAAGUCUCAGAGGCACAAGCCGCCGGCUGCUCCGCAGCCCUGGUUUGCCCUUCAGCGCCGUGCCAGCCCCGGCUGGCCCUGGGGACCGAGGGGAACGGGGAGCAGCGCCCAGAGAAGCGGGGCUUUGGUUUAAAAAUGUAUGAUCUGGAAAAUAUUGUACACAGAACCCAUUGUAUUGAAAAACUGCUGUCUGAGAACAAUUUGCAAGAUAUUGAGGAUCAUCUUAAGGAACUUGAAGAUGUUGAUAUGACUGUAGAAUAUCUUCAGGGGACAGAAGUUACCAAGGCUGUAUAUAGAGUACUCAAAAACUGCCCUUCAGGAGAGUUGAAAAAGAAAGCAAAGCAGUUAUUGUCAAGGUGGAAAACACUUUACAAGAAUAACUGUGCUCAGUCAAUGCCAGUUAAAAAGUCAGUUUCUAUGUAUGUGAAAGAAGAAAUUGAGCAUCUCAGUGUAGUUCCUAGAGAGCAGUUGCUGUCUGAAGGACCAUGUCAGCAGGAGGCAUUAGACGGUACUAGUUCCAACAGUUUGAGCCCAUCACAAACUGUUCAAAAUGUGGUAUGCAACAAUGCAAAAGGCGGUAUGAAUCAGCUUUCUUCUUUUGAGGAACAACACACUGUUGAUGAAGAUUCUAAAUCUGUUGUUGGCGAAGCAAGUCUGCAGCAGGAUCUAAUGAGAGCUCUGAGGUGUAAAUCCGUGGAUCUUCUUUACAAAGCUUUGAUUGAUUCUGCCAAAGAUGAAGAAAAAGCUGUUAAAUGGCUAGAGUUAGCUAAAGAAAUUGAAGAACAUAUUUUUGCUCUUCAUGCUAAAAAUGAUAAAAAGUAUAAAAAUUGCAUCAGAAGUAAAAUCUCUAACCUUAAGAACCCUAAAAGCUGCCACUUAAAGCAUAAUCUUUUUUCAGGAACUUUGAGCCCAAAGGCUUUUGCUGAGAUGACAGUGAUGGAAAUGGCCAGCGAUGAACUGAAACAGCUCAGGGCCCUGUACACAAAAUCAUCUGUUCAGGAACAUCAGCUUCCACAGGUUAUUAAUGGCACACAGACAAACAAAAUAAAGUGCAGACGCUGUGAAAAAUUUGAUUGCACUGUCACCAUGAUUGCCAGAGGAACUCUCUUUCUUCCAGCUUGGGUGCGAAACACAAAUCCAGAUGAACAAAUGUUGACGUACGUUAUUUGUAAUGAAUGUGGAGAACAGUGGUAUCACAGCAGAUGGAUUUGUUUGUAAAGCUAUCCUUAUAUAAUAAGGGACUUGGAAAUAUGUAUGAGAACUUACCUCUGUUGAAACUCUGUAAUUUUAAAUUCUGUGCUGAUAUUAUGUGGGUGCUGCCACUAAAAACUGCAAAAUCAGUUUUUAAAAACUGCUAAUGUAUUUUAAAGACGGCUUGAAUUAAUCUUACAUGGUUUUAAGUAAUGUAAAUACGUAAAAAUAUAAAGAGUAAAAGGAAAAAAUGGUUACACCAUCUAAGUGGAAUGUUUGCUAGUAAAUCCAUUAAAAUUAUUCCAAGUGCUGAGUUUUUUCCUGAAAGGACUGGACACUUGGAAAUUUUUUUUUAACUUCAGGAAGAGUUCUUUCACGGAAUAUAAGUUUCAUUUACAUAAAACAAACUGUUUCCAAAACUGCAGUUCAUGUACUUAUGUGCACUGCAGAAUGUUCAGCAUAGAUUCACUCCUUAAUUAAAUCACUUUUUGCCAGCAAGUAUUAGAUUAUUAAGUUGGUUUGAGAGGUGACUUCUAACAGGGAAAAAAGAAACUAAGAAUAGAGCAUUAAAGGGGGUAGAAAGCAGCUAGCAAAAGAAAGCAAGAAUGAGAUUCUGCUUUAUGUUUCUAGCUAUUAGAAGGAAAACAGGACUUGUGUCAGUCUAUCAGUAUGCUGGCCAGAUUUGCAAUUUAAGCUGGUGUGUCCUGCUACUUCAAAUAAAUUAAUGCAGGAUCAGACAACGGGUUGUUUCAGAAAAUGAUGUAAAUAUAUUAUUGGAUGUAUGCUUAUUUAAUAAAUAAAAUUAAUAGGAGUUAAUAA